AGACUUCCGGAGUGAGGUGAGGUCCCCGGCGUUCCUUCCUACGCAAAUACAGGCUGGGCCUGGAGGUGCGAGGGCAGUGAGCGGUGACAGUUGCUAGGCGGAGACCUUCCCGUGAAGAAAGAUUUAAGAAAGGAUCAGGACAGGCCGGAGAUAGUUAACUGAAAGGAGUCUGCCUCACUGCUGGAACCAAACCAGAUGCCUUCUUCCACUUCACCAGACCAAGGAGAUGACCUGGAGGCCUGUGUUUUAAGGUUUUCAGACCUGGAUUUGAAAGACACAAGUCUUAUCAAUCCCAGUAGCAGUAUCAAAGCAGAGUUAGAUGUCAGUACAAAGAAGAAAUACUCAUUUGCAAAGAAAAAGGCAUUUGCCCUUUUUGUCAAAACUAAAGAACUUCCCACACCUCCUUCUGAGUAUAAAGAAAAAUGGUGGAAAUGCUGUCAGCAACUAUUCACAGACCAGACCAGCAUCCACAGACAUGUGGCAACACAACAUGCUGAUGAGAUUUACCAUGAGACUGCUUCUGUUUUAAAGCAGCUGACUGUGACAUCGAGCACCUCAAAGACUCUUAAGUCUGCAGACAAAAGAAACCCUUUCAAAGACCACCUUACCCAUAACCAUGAAGUGUCUGCUUGGCUCCCUGAUACAAGCUGCUUUAGCCCUGAUGAGCUGUUAAGUGGCCAGGGCAAUGGUGAAGGGGAGGUGCUACUUUAUUACUGCUACUGUGACCUGGAGGAUCCUGAUUGGAUCUGUGCCUGGCAGACAGCUCUGUGUCAGCACCUGCACCUCACGGGCAAGGUUCGAAUUGCUACAGAAGGAAUCAAUGGGACAGUGGGUGGAAGCAAAUUGGCCACGAGACUCUAUGUAGAAGUCAUGCUUUCCUGCCCAUUGUUUAAGGAUUAUCUGUGUAAGGACGAUUUUAAGACCAGCAAAGGAGGAGCUUGCUGUUUUCCAGAAUUGCGUGUUGGUGUGUUUGAAGAGAUUGUGCCCAUGGGGAUCAGCCCCAGUAAGAUCUCCUAUAAGAAGCCUGGAAUCCAUUUAUCCCCAGGUGAAUUUCAUAAAGAAGUAGAGAAGUUUCUGUCUCAGGCAAAUCAUGAAGGAAGUGAUACUAUCCUACUGGACUGCAGAAACUUCUAUGAAAGCAAAAUAGGACGGUUCCAGGGCUGCUUAGCCCCAGACAUCAGGAAAUUCAGUUACUUCCCUAGCUAUGUUGAUGAAAAUCUAGAACUUUUCAAAGAGAAGAGGGUGCUGAUGUAUUGCACUGGGGGCAUCCGUUGUGAGCGGGGUUCAGCCUACCUCAAAGCCAAGGGAGUGUGCAAGGAAGUGUUCCAGCUCAAGGGUGGCAUCCACAAGUACCUGGAGGAGUUUCCUGAUGGUUUUUACAAAGGGAAGUUGUUUGUUUUUGAUGAGCGUUAUGCCUUAUCCUUCAACAGUGACAUAGUGUCAGAAUGUUCAUAUUGUGGGGCCCCAUGGGACCAGUAUAAACUGUGCUCCACUCCCCAGUGCCGCCAGCUCGUCUUGACCUGCCCUGCCUGCCAAGGACAAGGAUUCACAGCCUGUUGUGUCACGUGUCAAGACAAAGGGAGCAGGCAGGCUGCAAGCCCAGCCCAGAGCAGCUUUAAAGAGGAAUGCGAGUGUACAGCCCGACGGCUACGCGCACCCAGGGAGCUCUUACAGCAGGGGCGACUCCCUGCGAGCCUGGGGCCCAGGCCAGGUGAUGAUGAGGAUGGGCCAUGCUUACAUGAGCGGCCCCAUCUGCCUUUCCCCAAGCCUUCACAGAGCUAGGUUUGGGGCGACCAUGUAUUGGAGAAUAUUAGGGCUGUUCCAGCAGAGAAACAGGGAAAUUUAGUGCUGCCAGAGCCACCAUGGCCAACUGGUCACCAUGUUGGCCACCUGUCCUUCACAAGAGGAGGGAAGAGGGAGUUGGCUGCUGACCUCUUACUGGAGACAUUCUGACUCAGAAGAUGCUAGAGCACAGAAAAAGGUGAGCUGUGUAGGAUCCCAAAGCUGCUGAGGGAGAGAGCCUUGAGCCUGGUGACCAGGUCAUGCCCUUUCUGUGCCAUGCAGCAGGGCUGGGAGUAGUCAUUUUGCUUAUCAGCAAACCUGUCUGUCCUGAUGGCAGAAUGUGAAAGCUGUGUCCCUGGAAGUGGACUCCUUGGAACCAGGCCCCUUAGGUCAAUCUGCCAUCCACCCCUACCCUUCUCUCUUCUCUGCUAGCCUCAGAGCACUAGACCAGGAUUUGAAAACUAUGGCAUUUGGCCCACCUCCUUCUGUAAAUAAAGUUUUAUUGGAAUAGCCACACCCAUUCAUUUACAUAUGACCUAUGGCAGAAUUAAGUAUUUACGAGAGACAUUAUGGCCUGCAAAAACUGCAGUAUUUCCAGGCAUACCUUGGAGAUGUUGCGGAUUCGAUUCCAAACCACCGCAAUUAAGUGAGUCACACGAAUUUUUUGGUUUCUUAGUGCAUAUAAAACCUAUGCUUACAUUAUACUGUAGUCUAUUAAGUGUGCAAUAGCAUUAUGUCUAAAAAAACAAUGUACAAAACCUAAUUAAGAAAUUUUAUUGCUAAAAAAUGCUAACUAUCAUCUGACAAUGCAGGGUUGCCAGAAACCUUCAUUUUGUAAAAACCGAAAUAUCUGCGAAGCACAACAAAAAAAGGUGUGCCUGUACUAUCUGGCCCUUUACAGAAAAAAACUUGCCACCCCUAGUCUAGACCAACAGCUCCUCUGAUGGAGGAGAUGGUCUUAAAGAUGUGGUCCACCUUCAUGUUUCAUUGGUUUGGUUUCUGUGAGAGAUUUCCUCUGCUUUCCCCGACACCCACACUCUUAGCUCUGAAGUAGUCUCUUUGAGAGAUUCACAUUAGCUCGAUGACACUGACACUUGGGCAGUAGUUUUUAGGUGAACGCCUCAGAAUACAAGACAUUCUGUGUGAGGUUAUUCAGCACUGCUGUGGUGGUUUCCCAGCCUCUAGCCAACAUGUCCGGCGCAUGUCCCUGGCCCACAAGUCCCAAGAAACACAUGCACAGCCAUUCUUAGACCAGCAGAUUUAAUAUUAUAUUGCAGUUUCCAGUGAUGCAGAAUACAGCUGCAGUUGUGUUUCAAGGAGAAGCCGAGUGGGGCUGGCCGUUCCUGCAGCACGGAGCCACUCCUGGGCCCAUCCGCAGCCUCAGUAGACACUCCUCCAUAGUGGUGAGGCCCUGGCUCCACCUCUGGUUACCUUGUACUGUCCCAUCAUUACAGUUCCGUGUGCAAGACUUUUCCUUUUUUGCCAAAAACCUCUCUGCUCAGUGCUGUGCAGCUUAGUCUGUGCUCGUCAGCUCUUUGGCUUAUCCUUUUAUCAUAAGAUUUGCGGAAUCACUCACGAAAAUAACUCCCCAAGCAACAGAAAUACUAGUUUAACUGGCACCGUGGUAUAUUAAAAGGCACAAGGGCAGCGUGGCUUAAUAUUUUUGCUGGAUCCUAAGAGAUGCACGUGAUAUUAAGGGAUCCGGCAGAAAUGCCAAAAUUACAUUUUCAGAAUAAUCAUCUUGGUGGUUUGGCCAGGUUUCCUAGUUCUUAAAUAUCUAGAUUUUCUUCACCACUGACCUUUGGAGGCUUAAUUUACAGGCAUGAGAUCAGUGGUGACUUGUCUAAGAAGUGAUGUGAUAGGUAGUUGAAGUCUGUAAGCAUAAGCCAUGAUGGACUAGAAAUUUGUCUCUCUAGUGACGUGCCUCCCAUAAGGCAUUGGCCCACUGUGCAACAGAGAAAGGUGUUUUCAAGUAUUUGGCCAUAGGUUUUCACAUCCAUCGUAAGGUUGGCAUUCGAUAAGGAAAAAAUUCUUUCUGACUCCAGUAUUCAAUUGUAAAUAAAUCCCAGAUGUUCAUAAAGAACACCCAGGGAAAUGUUUGUUGCCUGGAAUUGGUUUAAAAAAAAAAAAAAGGACGGUUUUUAAAAUUUGAGACUUCACCAUUGGCUUUUUCUAUCAUUUCCUCGUAACCAGCUUAAGGAAUCUCAUGUUCUUUGAUUCCUGGCAGAGCUCUGUGGCUUCAGUCUUUGUGUCUUUCUUGAGGGGAAAAAAAUUGUGUUCUUGAUCCAGAAAUCAAUUUAGCAACUUUAAUCUUGAGCUUCUUAAAAUUUAAAGGAGAA